GUGGAGGGGAGUGGAGAGCUGAGAAAGAGGGAGGAAAAAAGUCCUAAAUUAAGCCAGCUACACCGUAAUAAAGCACAGGGAGGGGUGCCCCGCUGGUGUCGACUCGAACUGUGAAGAGUUUUAUGUUUGCCAGGCGUGACAAGCCGUAGUAGAGCCCAGUCCAGCGGCGAGCGGUAGGCUUCUCCAUCACAAGCCGACCAGUUUACUCCCAGGGUGUAUAUUGACCAGACUGCCUGAAGCCUGCAAGCUGGUGAGGACACUGGACCGCCACUGAAGCUGCAUUUAAGAAAUGUCAUUGCUGUGUGUUGGAGUGAAGAAAGCCAAGCUCGAUGGACCCCAAGAAAAAUUUAACACAUACGUGACCCUGAAGGUGCAGAAUGUUAAGAGCACAACAAUCGCUGUGCGUGGCAGCCAGCCAUGCUGGGAGCAGGACUUCAUGUUUGAGAUAAACCGCCUGGAUCUGGGCCUGACAGUAGAGGUGUGGAAUAAAGGGCUGAUUUGGGACACCAUGGUGGGAACCCUGUGGAUCCCCCUGCGCAGCAUACGACAGUCCAAUGAGGAGGGUCCAGGCCAGUGGCUGACCCUGGACUCCAAUGUGAUCAUGGCUGAGAAUGAGAUCUGUGGAACCAAAGACCCAACCUUCCACAGGGUGCUGCUCGACACCCGCUUUGAACUGCCACUAGAUAUCCCAGAGGAAGAGGCCAGAUACUGGGCCAAGAAACUAGAACAACUUAACGCCAUGAGAGACCAAGACUAUGCCUAUCAAGAGGAGCAGGAGCGACCACUCCAUGCACCAUCAACACAGUGCUGUAAUUGGAGUCUGUGGGGAGAUCAGCAAAAUGAAGACCAAGACAGUGCAGUGGAUGACCGGGACAGCGACUACCGCAGUGAGACCAGUAACAGCAUCCCUCCUCCCUUUUACACCACAUCCCAGCCCAAUGCUUCCAUGCACCAGUAUCCCAUGAGGCACCAGCACUACAGACACUCCUACAACGAUGACAUCCAUGAACUGGACUAUGACCACCGAGCCAUGAGUCCAACAGACAGCCGCUACGCCUCGUCAGGCGAGCUGAGUCGAGGCAGCUCUCAGCUCAGUGAGGAGUUUGGUCCAGAGGAUGGCGAGAGCUUGCGAGGCUCGGAGUUCUACGACGAGAAUGACUCCUACCACUCCUGCCACUCCUCUGUCAGCUACGGCAAGGAGGACUCCACAGGGUGGGAUGGCGAGGAGCCCCAAGAGGUCUAUAGCGACGAGGGAGGCUAUAUCAAAGACGGAGGAGAGGAGGGGGCACUGUACGAUGAAGAGGAUGGGGAUAUGUAUGAGGAGGAAGGAGAGUACAACUAUGAGGAUGAGGAGGAGAUGCCGUAUGAGGAAGAUGAAGACAUGUACCCACUCGAUGGCACGCUCAGUGAAGACCAGGAACCACCCUACACCCCCACACCCACUAGCACUGCCCCCUCCUUGAUGCCACCCGCUGAUAGUCUCUCCUCCACCAGGCCGCCCCUGGAGAAGCAGACCUCCUUGCACCAGCAGCAGCCACCCCACGCUCAGCUCCAGACCCCCAGCAUGGCUCCCGGAUUGGCUCCAGUCACCCAGGAUGCCACCAUACCCCCAUUCAGUGCAGAAUCUACCAAACCUCCCUUCACGCCCACCUCCACCACGACCCCCCCCACCACCACAACCACCACCACGACUGUCUCGCAGGCCCCAGCUGCAGAUACCCAGUCCCAGGAGCCUGAGAUCAAACCCGAAGAGGGGCCACCACCACCAGAGCAGCCUCCAGCAGUGGAGAGCGCUCCGACUGCUCCUGAGGAGAAAACAGAGGAACCUCCUGUCCCAAGCUUCCCAAAGAGAGAGAUCAUGGAACCUGGUCCUGCCAGAGCCAAGGCCAACUGGCUUCGACUCUUCAGUAGAGUCCGACUACAACUGCAAGAGGCUCGAGGAGAGAGCGUUGGCAUUGCUUCUCUGCUUUUAUCGGCAGGGGUGGGUGGUGCCCUGUAUAGCAUAGACAGCAUGCCAGAUCUGAGGAAGAGGAAAGCUAUGCCUCUGGUCAGAGAUCUGGCUAUGUCCUUGGUUCAGAACUCCAGGAAGGCAGGCAUCACCUCCGCCUUGACAUCCAGCACCCUGCAUAACGAAGAAUUGAAGAGCCAUGUUUAUAAGAAGACCCUUCAGGCCCUCAUCUAUCCCAUCUCCUGCACCACUCCACACAAUUUUGAGGUGUGGACUGCCACCACGCCUACUUACUGCUAUGAGUGUGAGGGACUACUGUGGGGUAUUGCUCGCCAGGGCAUGCGCUGCACCGAGUGUGGAGUCAAAUGCCACGAGAAGUGUCAAGAUCUACUCAAUGCUGACUGCCUGCAAAGAGCAGCAGAGAAGAGCUCCAAACACGGCGCAGAGGACCGAACCCAGAAUAUCAUCAUGGUUCUGAAGGACCGCAUGAAGAUCCGUGAGAGGAACAAACCCGAGAUCUUCGAACUCAUCCAGGAAGUGUUUUCUGUCAUCAAGGCCACUCACGUCACCCACAUGAAGCAGAUCAAACAGAGCGUGCUCGAUGGCACCUCCAAGUGGUCGGCCAAGAUCAGCAUCACAGUGUUGUGUGCCCAGGGGCUGCAGGCCAAGGAUAAAACUGGAUCCAGUGAUCCCUAUGUCACCGUUCAGGUGGGCAAGACCAAAAAGAGGACCAAGACCAUCUACGGUAACCUCAAUCCUGUCUGGGAGGAGAACUUCAACUUUGAAUGCCACAACUCCUCUGACCGCAUCAAGGUGAGAGUGUGGGAUGAGGACGAUGACAUCAAGUCUCGAGUGAAGCAGAAGUUCAAACGGGAGUCUGAUGACUUCCUGGGUCAAACCAUCAUUGAGGUCCGCACACUGAGCGGAGAGAUGGACGUCUGGUAUAAUCUGGACAAGCGUACUGACAAGUCAGCUGUGUCUGGGGCUAUCCGCAUGCACAUUAACGUAGAGAUCAAAGGAGAGGAGACAGUCGCCCCAUAUCACGUUCAGUAUACCUGUCUCCAUGAGAACCUGUUCCACUAUGUAACAGAUAUCCAGAAUAAUGGUGUGGUGAAGAUCCCUGAUGCUAAAGGGGAUGAUGCAUGGAAGGUUUACUUUGAGGAGACUCCCCAGGAGAUUGUGGAUGAGUUUGCCAUGCGUUACGGAGUGGAGUCCAUCUACCAAGCCAUGACUCACUUUGCCUGCCUGUCAUCUAAGUACAUGUGCCCAGGUGUGCCUGCAGUGAUGAGCACCCUGCUGGCCAACAUCAAUGCCUACUACGCCCACACCACCCAGGCAACCAAUAAUGUCUCUGCCUCUGAUCGUUUUGCUGCUUCCAACUUUGGGAAAGAACGGUUUGUCAAGCUUCUCGACCAGCUCCACAACUCUCUGAGGAUUGACCUGUCCAUGUACCGAAACAACUUCCCAGCCAGCAGUCCUGAGCGGCUGCAGGACCUCAAGUCCACAGUCGACCUCCUCACAAGCAUCACCUUUUUCAGAAUGAAGGUCCAGGAGCUACAGUCUCCACCCAGAGCCAGUCAGGUCGUGAAGGAUUGUGUCAAAGCCUGUCUCAACUCCACCUAUGAGUACAUCUUCAACAACUGUCAUGAACUCUACAGCCGCGAGUACCAGACAGACCCGGCCAAGCAAGGAGCCGUGCCCCCAGAGGAGCAGGGACCCAGCAUCAAGAAUCUGGACUUCUGGUCCAAACUCAUCACCCUUAUCGUCUCCAUCAUAGAGGAGGACAAGAACUCUUACACUCCCUGCCUUAACCAAUUUCCCCAGGAGCUCAACGUGGGUAAAAUCAGUGCUGAAGUAAUGUGGAACCUGUUUGCUCAGGAUAUGAAGUAUGCCAUGGAGGAACAUGAAAAGAAUCGCCUGUGCAAGAGUGCAGAUUAUAUGAACCUGCACUUCAAAGUCAAGUGGCUGUACAAUGAGUACUGCAAAGACCUGCCCUUCUUCAAGAGCAGAGUACCUGAAUACCCUGCGUGGUUUGAGCCAUUUGUCAUCCAGUGGUUGGAUGAAAACGAGGAGGUGUCUCGAGACUUUCUGCAUGGCGCUCUGGAGAGAGACAAAAAAGAUGGGUUCCAGGUCACAUCGGAGCACGCUCUGUUCUCCUGCUCAGUGGUCGACGUGUUUUCUCAGCUCAACCAGAGCUUCGAGAUCAUUAGGAAGCUGGAGUGUCCAGACCCGCAGAUUGUAGGACACUACAUGAAACGAUUUGCCAAGACCAUCAGCAAUGUGCUUCUGUCCUAUGCUGACAUCAUCUCCAAGUGUUUUGCCAACUAUGUCACCAUGGAGAAAGUGCCGUGCAUCCUGAUCAACAACAUCCAACAGCUGAGAGUUCAGCUGGAGAAGAUGUUUGAAGCUAUGGGCGGAAAGGAUCUAUGUGUGGAGGCCAGUGAUAUCCUGAAAGAUCUCCAGGUCAAGCUGAACAACGUCAUGGACGAUCUCAGCAGGGUCUUUGCUGUCAGUUUCCAGCCUCACAUUGAGGAGAAUGUGAAGCAGAUGGGUGAUAUCUUGGGCCAGGUGAAGGGCACCACGAAUGUGGGCAAUGCCAGCAGUGUGGCCCAGGAUGCCGAUAAUGUCCUGCAACCCAUCAUGGAGUUCUUAGACAGCAACCUGUCGCUGUUUGCUAAGAUCUGUGAGAAGACGGUGCUGAAGCGUGUGCUGAAGGAGCUGUGGAAGCUGGUGAUGAACACGAUGGAGAAGACCAUUGUUCUGCCGCCACUCACAGACCAAACGAUGAUUGGGAGGCUGAAGAGUGCUUCUCACAGUGAUGGUACUCAGCUCAUCUUUAACGCUGCCAAGGAGUUGGGACAGCUGUCCAAGCUGAAGGAGCAUAUGGUGCGUGAGGAGGCCAAAGCCCUGUCACCCAAACAGUGUGCUGUGAUUGAGCUGGCCCUGGACACCAUCAAGCAAUAUUUCCAUGCCGGUGGUGUGGGUUUGAAGAAAACUUUCCUGGAAAAGAGUCCUGAUCUUCAGUCUCUCCACUACGCCCUUUCCCUCUACACCCAAGCCACAGACAAGCUCAUCAAGACCUUUGUCCAGUCGCAGAAUGCACAAGGCUCUGGGGUGGAAGACGCCGUGGGAGAGGUGUCCAUCCAUGUGGAGAUUUUCACUCACCCCAACACCGGAGAGCAUAAGGUCACAGUAAAAGUGGUGGCUGCCAACGACCUGAGGUGGCAGACGCAGGGAAUAUUUCGGCCAUUUGUUGAGGUCUAUAUUAUUGGCCCUCACCUUAGUGACAAGAAGAGGAAAUACGCCACUAAGUCCAAGAACAACAGCUGGGCUCCCAAAUACAAUGAAACCUUCACAUUCACCCUCAGCAGCGAGGUGGGUCCUGAAUGCUACGAGCUCCAGGUGUGUGUGAAAGACUACUGCUUUGCCCGUGAGGAUCGCACUGUGGGCAUGGCUGUCAUGCAACUCAAAGACAUGGCCUCCAAAGGCAGCGUCGCUUGCUGGCUGCCGCUGGGCAAACGCAUCCACAUGGACGAGACGGGCCUCACUGUCCUGCGCAUCCUCUCCCAGCGCAACAACGACGACGUGGCCAAGGAAUUCGUCAAGCUCAAGUCUGACCAGCGCUCCGCUGAGGAGGGACGCAGCUAAGAAGCAAAACGAGGUGAAACAACUUGUCGUCUGCAACUCGACCAGACGUUGCCACCUACUGCCCUGGAGCUCUCCUGAGCCACUGCUAGCCACUGCCCUGAUGUUCAAGUGUUGUAAAAGCACAGAUAUAACAAUAGUCACCAAACACCCAGUACUGAAAAUACAUUCAUUUCACCGGAAAAGGACGUUGUGACAUUGUGACAAAGCACCUAUGUCUUUAUUGUUAUAGAUAUUAUCAAUAAUUCUAUAGAUGAAUAAAUCUAUUUGUCAGCAAAUCAAUUGACAAGCAGCAUAUGGACAAUGCAUUUCUAGUUGAAUUCAUAGAGCGUAUAUCUACCUUCUUCUUAACCCAUGUCCACAGAGAUUAGUCAUGCCAUUUGAAACUGCCAUUACACACACAUACGCAUGCACACACUCACACAUAGAUAUAUACAUGCAUUCUUUGACCGGUCAAGGUGUGAAAUUUCUUGUAGCCUUUAAUGUCUUGGGUUAAUUUACCCCCUACAUUCCAGUCCAUCUCGUCCCUUCAUUGGCCUGCAUCCACCCAGAGAGGGGACCGGAAGUGCCAACAGCAGAUAAUCAUUGAAAUAUGCCAAGACCAGCCCUAAGCACAAGCGGACCAAAUGUCCAACCGACCCACUGACAAAAAA